GCAUCAUCGGUAGAUGCGGAGCGCUCUUUCUCGUCGGGCCGUCUUACUGUCAAUCACUUACAGCAUAAUAUGUCCUCGCAAUCAUUCAAGGCCCAGGUAGCGGUAGGCUCGUGGAUCAAGACCCCUCUGUUAUCCGAUGUGAAAGUUGUUGCUCGAGUGAUUGAG